AUGUCCUCCGCCCUGCACAACACCCAUCCGCCCACUGGCAAUGGUGUAACCAAGCGCAAGUCAGGCUCUGCCGCCUGCAUCCACUGCCAUCGGCGCAAAGUCCGAUGUGAUGCCCGCGUCGUCGGUCUCCCCUGCUCCAAUUGUCGCUCCGCCGACAAAGCCGACUGUCGCAUCCAUGAGAAGAAGAAGCGUCUGGCCGUGCGAUCUAUCCUCGAUCCCGUGCCCAUUCGCUGUCGUCCGACCCCGGCGGCGGAAGAGGUGCCCCAGUCGUUGACCCCGCCGUCUGCUGCGCCGUCGGCGUUCACCACUACCUUCCGUGGGGUCCAGCCUGAAGGAACGACGGCGCAUCCAUCGCGCCCACGGAUCGGCAGCGAUGCCGCCGCGACCGGGCCUUCAGAUGUGGUCCACCCCGAACCCGAACCCGAAGGCGUGGCUGAUCCCGACUCGCACACCGACCUCGAGAAGCGGCUAGUCAAGCUCAUCGACGAGGAAGACUCGGGCCGUCGCGAGAUCCAGCGCGGCGUCCGCGCAAUCUACGUCGGCCACGAGCUGUCCAACAUGUCGUUUUUGAUCCGCCAGCAGCGCGACAAGGACGACGACGUCUACCACUUCGCUGGCAACGAGAUCCCGCGGCGGCAGAUCCGCACCGGCCAUGAUCAGCUCAUGGUCGACGCGCUCACGCUGCCGGAGCCCGCGCUGGCGGACGAGCUGGUCGAGGCGUACUUCGCCCGCGUCAACACGGGCUACCCCAUCAUCGAAGAGGAUCUCUUCAUGGCGCAGUACCGCAAUCGAGAUCCGAGCGACCCCCCGCCCAUCCUGCUGGUUCAGGCGAUCUUGCUAGUUGGCGCGCACGUCGCACGGCCCAAGGCUGAGCGCGACGCCCUCAAGGAGAUCUUCUUCCGUCGCGCCAAGUGGCUCUUCGACAGUCGUAUCGAGCGCAACCGCGAUAUCAUGGUGCAGGCCGCGCUGCUCAUGACCUGGCACUCCGACAGCGCCGACGACGACGUCGCCGCCAAUGCCCACUACUGGGUUGGCGUGGCGGCCCGCAUCGCCACGGGCUUGGGGAUGCACCGUAACCCGGUGUCUAGUCGCUUCGUGUCCCGGGACCGCCAUAUGUGGCGACGGAUGUGGUACAUUCUAGUCCAGUUUGACGUGAUGGUCUCUCUAUCCUACGGUCGACCGCAGGCGAUCAACCUCGAAGACUCAGACGUCUCCCCCCUAACACUAGCCGACUUUGAAGGGUGCGGCCCGCGGGUGCAGGCCGAAUUCGCCAUCAACUUCUCAGAACUCUGCACCAUGAUCUCGUACAUCGUCCGCGAGCGGUUCGGCCUGCGGGUCAGCGCCGAGCGCCGCACAGCUGUAUUGCAAGAAGCAGACGAAGCACUCGCCAACUGGUCUUUGAAACUGCCUGAUACGCUACGCCUCCGGGCGUCUGACAUGGACCCCUGGUCGGCCAUGCUCCAUUUGACAUAUAAUAACUUCCUGAUCCUCCUGCAUAGGCCGCAUCCGCGUGCGUCCGUCUACUCUGAUGAUUACGGGCCGCACGACGCGGAGAUCUGCAGCGCUGCGGCGGGAGUCAUCGCCUCUAUCUUCGAGGAGCUGCGGCUCAAUGACAGGCUGAAGUACCUCUGGUACGCUGGUGUGCAUACGUUGUUUACAGCAAUGAUCCAAGUGCGUGUCGAGCUGCGCUUCUCAAACCCGGUGUUGGCCAUCAACGCCCUCCGCCGAUUUGACUCGGCGUCGUACUCGCUGCGAGAGCUCGCCGGGUACUGGUCUCACGCUGGGACUAUUCUUCGUCUCUUUAAGGACUCGCGCCGGCUGCGUGAAGACCUCCAUUUGGCGCCUAGUGACCGACCCCGUCGGUUCAGCAGUACCAAUGAGCCUCCCCCAGGCAAAGCUAUCACCACCACCAUAAACAACCACCCCACUACCAUCCCCCUCCAACCCGCCCCUCCCCCGCAACAAUCAACGACAACGACAACGACAACAACAGCACCCUACGAAGUCCCCACCCCCGAAUCCCCCAAACUAUCAACAGCCCCAGCCCCACCCCAACCCUUCGACACCUGGAUCCCAUCCCACAAUCUCUCCUCCGUGGACGCGAUAGACCACCCGCGUGAAUCGCUCGACUGGCGGCAGCUGUUCUCGUUCGGCGAUGUAGAUCAGCCGGUCCUGCCGCUCGCUAUGGAGGGUCUGCCUGAGUUGGAGGACGAGUGGAGACAGCUUUAUUGGCAGGAUACGCCUAUGUCUGAUUUGUUGAUGGAUGGGAGUUGGAUGGGGUGAUACUUCUUAUUACGUUUGACGCUAUCUAAUUAUCUGACUGAGGAGACUGUUAUUAAUGAUACUCUAUUUUAUCGUCGCUGGCGUGUUGAGACGAUGGUGUUGUUAAUGAGUGUCGAUCUCGCUGUGGAUUG